AUGCCUAAAGGAACCACCAUAAAUGCAGCUGAAUACUGUGAGACACUCAAGAAGUUGAAAAAAAAAUCAAACACAGACAAAAGAAGAGGAAUGCUGACUCGUGGUGUGUCACUCCUUCAUGACAACGCUAGACCUCAAACCGCCCGUUUCAUUCAGGACCUGCUUGUUUCAUUUGGGUGGGGUAUUGUGACUCACCCACCCUAUUCCCCGGACCUGGCACCAUCGGAUUAUCAUCAUUUCAAUAAAUUGAAGGAGUUUUUGGGUUGA